UCGUUCCCUUUUUCUUCUCUCUCAUCCUCUUUAUUUCUUUCUUCAAUUUGAAUCGAACAAUCUCAAUUCUAAAUUCUAAUUCUAAUUGUAAUGUUGUUGUUAUCUUCUGUAGCCAACAGCAGCGUCAUUGUUCUACGCCACUGCACUCUCCUUCCUCUUCGUUUUUCAAUUCCAUCUCUCAGCUUCUUUUCCUCACCUUCUUCAAUGGACAACAACAACUUUGUCCCUUCGUACGCUCGCGCCACUCCAAGUUCUGGCAAUGGCAGAGGAAGGGCUUUUGAUACGAGAAAUGAUAGAGAAAGAACAAGAGGGCGUGGUGGUGGGAGUGGCUUGGGAAAGGAUAAAAUUGAUUCUCUUGGUAGGCUCUUGACGCGAAUUUUACGUCAUAUGGCAUCUGAAUUGAAUUUGAAUAUGAGGAGUGAUGGUUAUGUGAACGUUAAUGAUUUGCUAAAGCUGAAUUUGAAGACAUUUUCUAAUAUUCCUCUACAGUCCCACACUAUUGAUGACAUUAGGGAGGCUGUUCAAAAAGAUAAUAAGCAACGUUUCAGCCUCAUAGAAGAAAACGAGGAGCUACUAAUACGUGCAAACCAAGGCCACACAACAACGGCUGUUGAAACUGAAAGCUUAUUGAAACCAAUCCUUUCAGCUGAAGAAUUUCCAGUUUGUGUGCAUGGAACAUAUAGAAGGAACUUAGACUCAAUUCUAGCAUCUGGUCUGAAACGCAUGAAGAGAUUGCAUGUUCAUUUCUCUCGUGGUUUACCAUCAGAUGGAGAAGUAAUAAGUGGUAUGAGGAGAGAUGUCAAUGUUCUGAUAUUUCUUGAUGUUAGAAAAGCACUGGAGGAAGGUAUGAAGCUAUACAUUUCUGACAACAAGGUGAUCUUGACAGAAGGUUUUGAAGGUGUUGUUCCACACAAGUAUUUCCAGAAGAUAGAAUCAUGGCCUGGCAGAGAACCUAUUCCUUUUUAAAAGCUAUGCCAUAAUUUUGUUUUCACUCAUGUAAAGAUUAUAAGUGGAGGAUUUGUAAAUGAUUGUGCAUCCCCAUAGCAAAAUCUACACAAGCUUCAAUUCAAAGUUAGUAUUAGAUUACAUUGAUUUGAUUCCCGAUUUUUUUAAUGAUUUGGAUGAGCUUACUUUUGUUUGUGCUAAUAAUUUGUAGAGAACUAUAGAUUAAGUAACUACAAUUAUUAGAACCAUUUGCUUAUUUGUUUGGGAUAUAAGGUUGACUUGGAGGCAGAAGUGAGAGAGUUAAGAAAAUAAAGUGAUAAGAAGGUCACGAAUUGUA